GCCCCGCCCCGGCUCCUCCUCCUCCGCGGCUUACCCGGGCUCCGACGGUGGCUGCCCAGGUCCGAGUUGCGGCCGCAGGAACCCGAGCCAUGCGGGCCGCAGACUGGAAAGCGCGCCCGGGGCUUCUGCCCCUGCUGCUGCUGCUGCUGGCCGGGGCCGGGCUGUCCGCCGCCUCUCCCGCAGCAGCGCCGCGCUUCAACGUGAGCCUAGACGCGGCCCCCGAGCUGCGCUGGCUGCCGGUGCUGCAGCACUACGACUUGGACUUGAUGCGCGCCGCGGUGGCGCAAGUCAUCCGGGAUAGAGUCCCCACGUGGGUGCACGUGUUGAUGGGAAAGGUGGUCCUGGAGCUGGAGCGCUUCCUGCCCCAGCCCUUCACCGGCGAGAUCCGCGGCAUGUGCGACUUCCUGAACCUCAGCCUGGCCGACUGCCUCCUGGUCAACCUGGCCUACGAGUCCUCCGCAUUCUGCACCAGUAUUGUGGCUCAAGACUCCAGAGGCCACAUUUACCACGGUCGGAAUCUGGAUUAUCCUUUUGGGAAUAUCUUACGCAAGUUUACCGUGGAUGUGCAAUUCUUAAAGAAUGGGCAGAUUGCAUUCACAGGAACUACUUUUAUUGGCUAUGUAGGAUUAUGGACCGGUCAGAGCCCACACAAGUUUACAAUUUCUGGUGAUGAACGAGAUAAAGGCUGGUGGUGGGAGAAUGCUAUUGCUGCCCUUUUUCGGAGACACAUCCCGGUCAGCUGGCUGAUCCGUGCUACCCUGAAUGAGUCAGAAAACUUCGAAGCAGCUGUUGCCAGGUUGGCCAAGACUCCCCUUAUUGCUGAUGUUUAUUACAUUGUUGGUGGCACGUCCCCCCAGGAGGGAGUGGUCAUCACAAGAAACAGAGAUGGCCCAGCAGAUAUUUGGCCUCUAGAUCCUUUGAAUGGACGGUGGUUUCAAGUUGAGACAAAUUACGACCACUGGAAGCCAGCACCCAAACAAGAUGACCGGAGAACACCUGCCAUCAAGGCCCUUAAUGCCACGGGACAAGCAAACCUCAGCCUGGAGUCACUUUUCCAGGUUUUGUCAGUGGUUCCAGUUUAUAACAACCUCACAGUUUAUACAACGGUAAUGACUGCUUCUAGCCCAGACAAGUACACCACAAGGAUCAGAAACCCGACUUGAAAGUAAGUCAGCAGAAGAGCAAGUUCACCCGUGCUGUGAAAGAUUACUUUUUAAAAUGAAAUUCUUGAAGAGCUGCACCUUAAAAAAGAAAACAACAUGAAAGUAUUGUAUUAUGUUAUAAACAAUGUAGGCUCCUUCCUCAUUUAACUUUCAACCUUGGAAAGUGGGGCUGGAAGAUCACUUUGGAGCUUGUGAUAAAGCCAGUAAUGGGGAUUGUCCUGCGUUCCCUUUCCCUCAUGGUUUGCUUCGAUCCUCUCUAAGCUUCUAUCCUGGCUUGAAUAACUCAAAGGUAAUUGGUCUCUCAAGCCAUAUCCUCAGGCUUUAUUUCCAUCUUCUCAUGACUCCUGUCAGCAUACCUUUGCUUCUCCAGUAGUGAAAUGAGUUGGCAAGACCUCUGUUCAUUGUGAAUUGCUUCUGAAAGAGCCUAGGAAAAAAGGCUUCUCAGAAAGAAAUGGACAACUCUAUUUUGAACAGUGCCUGUGUGAAUGUGCGUUAGCCCGAUCUUUGAUCAUGUAUUUCCAUGUAAUGGGAGUCUCAUUUUUUAUAAUGUUUCUAAUGUUUUAUUAAAAAAAAAAAAACUUAUAGACCUUCUUUCUCAAUAGCUACUUUCUUACUGCCUUUUAAAAGUAAUGUGAAGCCAAAUUAUUUCUUAGUGUCACAAAAUUAAGUAAUAAAAUGGCAAAAGAAAUGUUUGGCAAGGAGAAUAAAAAAAAAUUCCAAGAAAUUU